AUGGCCAAUUCGAACGCUCUCCCCCAGGGCUUCUCCGUCUUCCAGCCCACCCUCGGUUCUCAGCUCCAGUUCUUCCCUGCUGUCGGAAGCCGCGAGCUCGAUGAGCUGGUGAACGCUUACAUCCCCGGUCCCGCUUCUGUCCAGGAGAAGCGCGCUUCCAUCUCUCUCGACUUCCUUGAGUACGCCCACCUGACCGGUCAGACCUUCAAGUUCUAUCCCGUCUACUCUAUGGCUACCCCCGCUGUGUCUCCUGCUACUGCCAGCCCUCUUCAGGACUCUGGUUACGGUUCUUCCUUCAACGCUAGCCCUGUUAUGUCCAACUGGGACUGGAGCCAGGUCAACGCUGCUGCUGCCCCCUCGCGACGCCAGUCUCCCAAGGCUGCUUCGCGGCACCAGACCACCGACUUCUCUCAUCUGCCUGGAAUGAAGAUCAUGACGAGGGACGGCCGCGAUGUGACGAACUCUGCUUCUCGAGGUUCCAAGACCAAGGAGCAGCGAGACCACGCUCACCUCAUGAGAAUCAUCAAGGCUUGCGACAGCUGUCGGCGGAAGAAGAUCCGCUGCGACCCCAGCCACAAGAAGCGUGGAGUCACCCAGAGCCAGGCCCAGCCUGCGUCCAAGGUCACCAAGAAGACAAAGACUCCUGCUCGGGAAGCCCGGACAUCUCCUGUCGCUGCUCAGCCUGAUUUCUCUGCUUCUAUAGGAUUCCCAGACGUGCAGGCUCUUUCAACUCCAGAACUCGACAACCUGCUUGGUAUAGUACCAGCCGAGAACGUGGCUUGGGAGGACUUCCUCGAGUACCCUCCUGUCGACGACUACGACUUCUUCAACGACCCAGAGGGAUACUUCUCUCCUCAAUCUUCCUCUGUGUCGGCGUACUCCACAAAGCCUGUGACACCGACAUCAACACAAGACCAGCUUGGCCCGUACAAUACGGGCAAUGCGGUGGCUACCGUUCCAUCGGUGGAUCUACCUUUCAACCAGACAGAAUCGACUCACGACUAUGUUGAUUUCAACCUGUUCUCUCCCGAGUCAUCAUUCUCGGAAGACGAGCGUAUGGUCCCGAUCGAACUCUCCAAGCAGUCGGUUAGUCAACCUAGGUCCCCAGCGCCGAACCCACGACCACCAAUCGAGCCCUCGGGUGGCUCAGAGAGCAGUGGCGGUUAUCUAAGUGGUGACCUUGGUGCCCAAUCUGCACCUGCCUGGGCCACACCUCAGGAGCUCUUUGGUGAUGGCGACAUUGUCCUAGAUAGGACGUAUCGCGAUCCUGGUGUUGGCCUUGAGCGAUACAGCUCGAGUCCCUCAUCUAGCUUCGACUCGGACAUUCUGAGUCACAGCGUGAGCUCGCUUGAGACUUCUGCCUCGUCGGCCUACACAACCGACUUCCAACCUUCAGAGACUCCUGUCUCGUCGGCCUACACAACCGACCUUCAAUCUUCUGCUGGAGCGAUGUCACCUGCGGAGAGCAACGUGGCAAUUAGUCACAACAGCAUUGUUGAUCCCACGGGAGAUUCUCUCCGGAGUGUGACCACAUUUGCGAACGCCUCGCGACCUGGUGCCAUUGGCACGAGCAACCUGGGCCAGCCGGCCGAUGGCUACUCUGACUACUAUGAUCACUCAGAUCGCGGUGAUCAACAACGUGAUCGUCGUGAAGACGUCGCAGCACAACCCAGCGACACCUCGUCUUGUCAUGUCAUGACGGAGCAUCAACAUGCUGAGGAUGUCAGCAUCACUCGCUCGAAUGCUCUGAACUCUGGUUCUCCUGUUCAGCAAAAUAGGAGGCGUGAUGUUCUGGAGCUAGCACCAUUUACAGGUGCGAAUGUUGAGCGAGAGUCGGCCCCCGCUGCUUCCAUGACACGAGUCAAGCCCCAGACACCCCGCGCCCAACUUGCGGUCGGUGAGAAAGAGGAGAGCUCUCGGCUUUCUUCUGCGUUCUUGGGCAUUGCUCCUGUCUCGACUGCUCUGGCGUCACUACUGCAGCCGUCAUCCCUGACGACAUUUAUGUCCGUCGUCAUGAUAGUGGCCGCACUCGCAGCCUGGUUCUGUUUCUCAUCUGUUGAGAUGGGACCUGUGGACCAGAAGACUCUCUCAACGAAAGGAGGAAGCUCUUCCAUGUCUCAGGCACGACGCUUGAUGGCAAACGUCAAAGGAAAAGCUCAUGUCACCUUGAGCUCAAGGAGAGCUGUUGGCGGCACGAAGUCGGUUGAUCGCAUGGCCUCACAAAGCUGGAGCUUAAUUGCAGUGUAG